AUGGCGCCCACGUAUUCCGACGCCCCCGAUUCAGAUGAUCCAUCCGACAAUGGCCAAUGGCCCGCUGAUGACAUCGAAGGGCCCGAUGACGACCUCGAUAGUGGAUUUGACAGUAUGGCUUCCGACGACGACGGCGACACCGAUGACGGGAGUGAUUUCGGCGAUGGAACCGACGGCUAUGCCACGGCCUUGAGCGACGGCAGCGAUGUGGACAAGUUGAGCAAACGACUUGCUUCGGUAAAUUUCACCGCGGCGGCCCCCGUGGAUCGCACUAUGGCUAUGGCUAAGCCGCAGAACCGUGGCAGACAACGGAUGUGUGCUGUAUGUGGUAUUCGUCCUGCAUAUAGCCAGAAUGGAAAGAACUAUCCCACCUGCGGAACGACUUGUGCGGCUAAGUACAAGCCUAGUGGAAAUAGUGGAGGCGGUGGCCGGGGCGGCAACAAUCCAGCUAAGAUCGUGAUUCUCUGCGUGGUGUGCGGUAAGAAACCGGCAUACAAUCAAGGAGGGAAGAGCUAUCCGACAUGCGGCAAUACUUGUGCUGGGAUCUACAAGACUGGCACAUCCACACGUUUAUGCGUGAUAUGUGGUGUCCGCCCUUCGUAUAAUAAGAAUGGGAGCAGCUACCCUACGUGCGGCCUUACCUGUGCUGGAAAACACAAGAUCGCCAUGGGGGGCGGCCACGGUAGCGGUGGAGGGCAUGGUACUAAUCGGCUAUGCGUCAUAUGCCAUCGCCGCCCGUGUUAUCGUCGGGGAUCUGUUGUAUAUCUCACCUGCGGCAUGACCUGUCUCGAUACUCUCUGUUCUGGUGGGGGCGACAACACGAAAUGCAAUUAUUGCCACCGCCGGCCAAAGCUGCAGCCUCACAACCAGUGCGGGCGGAUGUGCCGCGACCGGUCGCGCGUAGCCUGCCUCAUGUGCCGCUCCCGUCCGAAGCUUGGGAAGUAUCACUUCUGCGGGCGGACAUGCAAAACGCUGGCCUUGAAAACGACCCCGAGGAUCAUGGAGAUUCCCCAGGACCAUGUCACAUGGAAAAUGGUCGAAACGAAGUUCAACAACGCUUGGAAGCCGCCAAGUAACGUCACCAAGCCACAAAUAAAGCACGUGUACAAGAUCGUCGAGAGCGUAACGUUCACCAAGCCAUACGACGCUUACAGAAAGAGAGUUGGCAAUGAAUGCUUCCGCUAUCACGGGACCACCCGUCUUUGUCAACUGGGGAACGCGGGACAGACGACGCUGUGUAACUCGCCUACAUGUGCAAUUUGUAAUAUCUUGAAGACGUCGUUCAACGUGGCCCUUGCGAACCCAAGCGGAGCGGCAUUCAGUUACAGCUCCAACGGCACUGGUGUCAUGAUUCUCAAUAAAGUCGUCCUUGGACGCGUCCACAACGUCACUGCCUUCGCUGAGGUCACGUCUCUCCCUUCGGGCUGCAACUCCGCCACCUAA